GGAAGAAGAUUCGUUUCACCGCGCUCUCUGUUGUUUUAAUGUGGCGCUGGUUUACAAACUGUUAGAAAUAUAAUUUCUGUAAACAGAAAAAUACAGUUUUUGAAUCAGGUCAGUAAAUACAUGUUAUAUUCACGUCAUCAUUAGUCGUGUCUAAGUGUUGAAGCAAAGACAAAUAUAUCGGGAAGAAUAUCAGCUGAAGAUGGUGUUUGUUAAAGAGGAGACUGAGGAGAACACGAGUGAAAUAAAAAAAGAGGAACCAGAAACAUGGAGAAUAAAAGAAGAGGAAUCAGAAACCUGGAAAAUAAAAGAAGAGGAAUCAGAAACCUUGAUAAUAAAAGAAGAGGAACCAGAAACCUGGAGAAUAAAACACAAGGAACGAGGAGAGUUUAUUGAAGAAAGUGAGGAGAACAAAAAAUGGAGUGAAGUUGAGGAGAAAAAUCAUGUCAAAACUGGAGAAAAACCUUUGAGAGCUAAGAAAACUUUCACAUGCACUCAGUGUGGAAAGAGUUUCACAUACCAAUGUCAUCUUGAUUUUCACAUGAGAAUCCACACUGGAGAGAAACCGUUCACUUGUAAACAAUGUGGGAAGAGUUUUACACAAAAAAAAAGCCUUACGGCACAUAUGAGGAUCCACACUGGAGAAAAACCUUACAAGUGUUCACACUGUGACAAGAGAUUCAGUGAUUCAGGAGACCUGAAAAAACAUGAGAGGAUCCACACUGGACCAAAACCUUAUGAGUAUUCACAUUGUGACAAGAGAUUCAGACACCCAUCGUUUCUGAAAACACAUGAGAAGAUCCACACAGGAGAGAAACCUUUUGAGUGUUCACACUGUGACAAGAAAUUCACUCAGUCAGGAUACCUGAAAAUACAUGAGAGAAUCCACACUGGAGAAAAACCUUUUGAGUGUUCACACUGUGACAAGAAAUUCACUCAGUCAGGAUACCUGAAAGUACAUGAGAGAAUCCACACUGGAGAAAAACCUUUUGAGUGUUCACACUGUGACAAGAGAUUCACUCAGUCAGGAGACCUGAAAACACAUGAGAGGAUCCACACUGGAGAGAAACCUUUUGAGUGUUCACACUGUGACAAGAGAUUCAGUAGGUCAACAGAACUGAAAAUACAUGAGAGGAUCCACACUGGAGAAAAACCUUUUAAGUGUUCACACUGUGACAAGAGAUUCACUCAGUCAGGAGACCUGAAAACACAUGAGAGGAUCCACACUGGAGAGAAACCUUUUGAGUGUUCACACUGUGACAAGAGAUUCAGUAGGUCAGCAGACCUGAAAACACAUGAGAGGAUCCACACUGGAGAGAAACCUUACAAGUGUUCACAUUGUGACAAGAGAUUCAAACAGUCAUCACAUCUAAAAUCACAUGAGAGGAUCCACACUGGAGAGAAACCUUUUGAGUGUUCACACUGUGACAAGAGAUUCACUCAGUCAGCAGACCUGAAAACACAUGAGAGGAUCCACACUGGAGAGAAACCGUAUCACUGCACUGAAUGUGGGAAGCGCUUCAGUAAUUCAUCUGACCUUGAAGUUCAUACUAGAAUUCACACUGGAGAAAGGCCUUACAGCUGCCAACAAUGUGGGAAAUGUUUCAUUAAAAAGGGAUCCCUUAAAGACCACAUGAGGACUCACACCGGAGAGAAACCUUACACAUGCCCUCAAUGUGGAGUAAGUUUUGCUCUAAAAGGAAUCCUUGAAAGGCACUUCAGAAUUCACACCGGAGAGAAGCCUUACACCUGUCCUCAAUGUGGAAAGAGUUUCAUUCGAAAAGGAAGUCUUAAAGGCCACAUGAGAAUUCAUACUGGAGAGCAGCCUUACACAUGUCCUCAGUGUGGAAAGAGUUUCACACAUAGACAAGCUCUUAAUGCACACAUAAAAAUUCACAUAGGAGAGAAGCCUUACGUAUGUGAUGAGUGUGGAAAGAGUUUCUAUCAACCAGGAGACCUCAAAUUACACAUGAGGAUUCACACUGGAGAGAAUCCUUUCACCUGUCAACAAUGUGGAAAGAGUUUUACUAGAAAAGCAAACCUUGAGAUCCACUUGAGAAUUCACACUGGAGAAAAGCCAUUCAUAUGCCCUCAGUGUGGAAGGAGUUUCUAUCAACCAGCAAACCUUAGAGUCCACAUGAGAAUUCACACAGGAGAGAAACAUUUUACCUGCCAACAGUGUGGAAAGAGUUUCACUCAGAAUGGAAACCUCAAAGCCCACAUGAGGAUUCACUUAAGACAGAACAGUUUUAUAUGUCAUGAGUGUGGAGUGAGUUUCACGGACAGGAACGAAUUUAAGAAUCAUGUAACAACUCACACUGCAGAGAAAUUGAGAAUUCAGAGUGAAAUGAACACUUUAACAUGUUUCCCUGAGGUUUCCGAUCUAAAGAAAACUUAACAAUCACGUGUGCCAUCACAUGCCAUUAUCUUAUUUUAAAGUGUUUAAACAGUUAACCCUCAAGUUGUUCCAAACCUGUAUGAGUUACACGAUUUUACAAACAAUGGGCAUUAUACACUAACUUAUAACUUUGUAAAUAGUCAAUGAGAAAAACCGGCCAUCGUACACCAAACAGAUCACACAGUACCAGAGUGUAAAGUUGUUCUGAUCACAACAAACUCGGAAACAUGUGCCUUAAUCCUCAUAGAUGAGUGAUAAAUGAAAACGUUAUUUGUUCUAAAAUUGGCUUAAAAUAUAAAACGUUUUUAAUCUCUGAUGACUGGAUGUGAUUUACUUUUAAAUUUGCAAACUGGCUUCGACUUUUAAAACUUGGCAAAAAUCGUGUUGUAUUUCAGUCUUCAGAUUUACUGCCCCCUGAUUAACAUGACAGUAUAGGCUAGUGACAAUGCCCCUGAAUUUUCGAGAUACCCCUACCGGAGGUAGAACUAAACCCAACAAUGUUUUUCCUCAUCUCUAAGG